AUGGAAUCUGAUUUCAGUGCGGAGGGUUUUUCGGUGAUUAAAGUUACGAAAGAGGAAAAAGAACGUUUGCGGCGGCCAUGGCGACGAUCUCUCAUCCUUCGUGUGCUGGGAAGGACGGUGAGCUACUCUUACCUUCACCAAAGAUUAACCAGAAUGUGGAAACCGGAAGCGGUGUUCGACUUGAUAGCACUCAACAACGAUUUUUUCAUCGGCAAAUUCGAAUCCCUCAGAGAUUAUGACACGGCGAAGUUCGGUGGACCUUGGAUGAUCCUCGACCACUACGUUACAGUUCAAGAAUGGGAACCCAACUUCGACACAAGAAACAGAAAGACCCAGAAAAUCCUAGCAUGGAUUUGCUUCCCUGCCAUACCUAUCGAGUACUUUGAUGACGAGUUUCUCAAGAAGAUUGGGAAGACGAUCGGCCGGCCAGUUAGAAUCGACACCACCACAAGUCUUGCUUCUAUCGGAAAAUUUGCCAGAGUCUGCGUCGAAUUAGACAUAACGAAACCACUUGUGUCAAAGUUUGUACUCCAUGAGGCUGACUGGCCCAUUGAAUACGAAGGUAUCCACCUAAUUUGCUUCUAG